CAGAGUAGUUAUCAAGUUCACCUCAAAAACUUCUGCAAUGUCAAAACUUCUGGUAUUUUUGGCUUUCUGCUGCAUAUUGAUGUGCCAGGUCCUAACUCAGGAAGCUUCGGGUCGCCAAUUUUGCGAUCGUUUAUUCGCCAACUGUCUUCGUGAACAGCCAACCGUGGGAACAAGAGAUGAUACGGUGGAUCUAUUCAAUUCAUAUUGCGGACGAAAUAACCGAAACUGGAGGAAAUUAACCCGUUGUGAGCUGGUCAAAGCCUCGUGCAUAGUAACUAUGGUUCGCUGCGAAAAUGGGUCCUGCAAAAAUGUUGCCGAUAGCCUGCGGUCUUAAUAAAUUGCAUUGUUUUACUCUUGUGAGAUUGAAUAAAUAUGUUGUCAGCCGAAUUAAAAGAAAGGUUUUCAACGAGAGC